GUGAAGAAAUACAUUGAAGAGGAAAUGUCCAAGCUUCCUGAUAGGUUGUCAGUAACAUGGCCCGAUGGAGAUGAAUUAUUACCAAAUGAAACUAAGCUUGCAGGAGCUACCAUAGGAGCACUAAGAAUUGAAAUAUUGAAUAAAAAAGGAGAGGCUAUGCAAAAGCUUCCAGGGUCAGGUCAUGGAGCAGCGAAGAAAUUGCUUGUGGAACUUAAGGUCAUUUUUCAUUCCCAUAAUGGAGAUAAGGAAAUCAUUUCUCAUAUCAGUCAACAUGGGGGUAAAUGGCCUUACUGGUUCAAAAAAAUGGAAAACAUUACUAAACUUGGAUCCUACACAUUGAAACUGCAAGUGGUGUUGAAUGAAAGCAAUGCCGACACUUUUGCAGUAAGACCUCUUCCAUCAGAAACAUUUAAAUUUAAUAUAAUAGAGGGCAAGCCUCAGAAGUUUUCAAUAGGUCUUUUGGAUUCCCCAUUUCGAGUUGGGCAUCCAUUCAAUAUUCCUCUAGAUGUCCAGGAUGAAUUUGGUCAUGCUACUCAUCUGACGGAUGAUAUUGUGCCAAUUCUUGAGGCUAGUGGCUUAACAUUACAGUAUGAAGAAAUAGAUAAAGGACCAAAUUGUGCCAUUAAGGGUGUAACUGCUAAAGGCCUGGUAAACAAUUACCAGGGAAAGAACUUCAAUCUGAAAGUUACUCUUCCUGGCCUGAAGGAGGAAUGCCAAAUUUUGAAAAUUAAACUUCUUCCAGGUCCACCAUGGCAGCUAAAUGUCAAACCAGACACUGACACAUUGAAAAUUGAAAAUGGAACAGCAUUUCCUUUCCAGGUUGAAGUGCUGGAUGAAGUAGGCAACAUAACAGCACAACCAAAACUAAUAGUUCAUUGCAAGUUUUCAGGAGCUCCAGGCCUUCCUGUAUAUGCUGUGGAUUGCAGCAGUGGUGGGAUAAAUAUCUUAACUGGACCAGUUCCUACAUGUUAG